AUGUCUACAGCAGCCUACAAGGAGGUGGUAGAGGCACCAGCCACGGCGGCGCGUCGCCGCAAAGCGGGCCGUGUGAACUACCUGAUCGAGAACGCUACUCCUGCGAUGCUGUGUCUCGUGCGGGCCGCCGAGCCGAAGCCGUACACGGCACUCUCCCCCGAAGCCCUCUACGAGGCAGUGCAGCCGCACGACCACACGCUCCGCCCGUCGCCGUUCAUUGCCCAUCAAGCGCUCAUGGAUUUCUACAAGGUAUGCGAUGGCUACUAUGGCGUGGACAGGGAGGAGGUGGAUGUGCAGCAGCUCACCGCCUUCGAGCAGAAAAAGCCACACGGUGGGGCAUUGGGUGGGAGCAACAGCGGCAGCAACAGUGGAGCCACUCUGUCGUCGUUGCUGUCUGGGUCGGCGUCUGCCGCCCCAUCGUCGUCGUUGUCCGCUGCCGCCGGUGCUCCUCCGCUUCCGUCGCUGCCAUCCCCCGACGACCCGAACCUGGCUGAGAAGCUCAAUGACUAUCGCAUCGCACAGCUGCGCCGCAACGCCCAGCACGUGGAUAACACCGUCUACCACGCGCACAACAGCAGCAACGGGUUCAUCACGAGCAACGUCGCGCUCGCGGGCAGCAGCGGGGUAUGCCACUUCUACCGCACACCAGAGGGCUGCCAAAGAGGCGCGGCAUGCCCUUUCGCUCACCUGGACAAGCACGGACAGCCGGUGAACCGCGUCGCAAAGUCGUGA